AUGCAAAUGGAAUCAUGGCGGGAACGAGGAUUUGUCCCGGACUCGGACGAGGAGGAUGGAUUCGACUCUCUGGAUUUGAAGAAGACGAACGCUGGCAACGAUAGUCAUGACGACGAGCUCGAUUAUAUCACUGUCCCUUCCUCCACGCCGGCCAAUGCGAAGGAUGCCGUGAAGGGACCACGCCCAGAAACCGGCUCGAUUACGCUCUCAGACAUCGAGGAGACACUUCAGGGUACCGAAGAGAAAGAAAAGGGUGUUUCAUACUCCGUUGCGAGUUCAACAGCCGAGGAUGGCCAGGCGGAGAAGCAGACUACGCAGUCUUCAGACACCGUGGAUGGAGAAAGGGAUCAUUCAAGGGACGCUUUUGACGAUGAUGAGACACCUAAACCACGUACGGCUCGCAAGAAAUAUGGAAAGCGUUCAUCCUCGACCAAAUUCACGAACCUCCAUACUCCCCAGUCGCGCAAUACCCCAGAAAAGCAAGCACGCAGCAUAUGGGACUUCCCUAGUUCACCACCACAAGGAGACGAGCGUCUGUUGGAUUCCCCAAGCCUUGGUUCUGCGCCAAACCAUACCAAUCCCGAGCAAUUGGCUCGACUGCAAUCCCCCCAGAGACCACAGACCCCACGGGCCAAACCACCGCGUGAUGUAUGGAGCGUUCAGAGCUCUUCGGAUGAUGAAUUAGCCCUGGACACACGGCCUGCGCCGAAAGCACUGCAGCGGUCCAUUCUCGCCGUGGAGGUCAGAAAUAUGCCGCAGCAAAAAGACUCAGAUGACGAGUCCCCGUUGUCUUCGCCGCCAUCGAACGUCGGCUCUGAGCCCGAUGCUAACGACUCUGGCGAGAAGCAGACAGCGGCCGCAACACCUCCCCAUCAAGAUGCUGAUCCCAUGGACGGACUGUCUCCGCAAGAUGUUCACGGCGACCUUCUGGGAUCUCCCGAGUUAGCGCCUGCCCAAAGAAGGUUCAGAGAGCGCAAAUUUAACCAGCUCCAUCCGUACCUCUGGGAGGACGCUCAUUACCAAAAGCAGAUGAAAGAUGGAGGCUAUAGACCCGUGCGCGCUCCUCGGCCGCUGCAACAACCGCAACAGACAACAGAUGAAAGCCAGGAGCAGGAUUCAUAUAAUCCAAAUCAAUUCCAGUCAAGCCCCGUUCGCGAGGAGAAUCUCCCUCCUCCGCGGUCUGCACGGCACAAACUAUCUCCUCAUCGGCAAGCGCAUGUGGUCAAGCGACGCAAGAUAUCACACGUUGGCUCCGCAGACAACCCGCAUCGGUCCCAUGCUGAGCUCGAAGCUCGGGGGGCGAUUGACAGCACCACGGCGCAGAGCCGUCGCAUCAGUCUAUCUAUAUGGGAUAUUUCGCCCAGCCCUCCACGUUCAGGGGAUACGUCUCCGGCAGCAAGAACUUCACGUGCCCCCGAAGGAUUUCGCUUUCCUCUUGGAUUUUCGCCUCCGGCGGCCACGGCGUCUCCCAAGCAACAAGAACCGAGGCCACAAGAGGCAGAAGACACCAACAGAGCAGCAUCUCUUGGUCCGAAUGGCAAUGAUGUCGAAGCGCUGUCCUCAUCAAGCAGCCAGCAGGGUUCCGAUGAUGAAUCUGAGCCCGGUGACAGCGAAGAGCGUCUUGUGCACCGACUACAGCGAAAAACGCGGGGAGUUUUACCUGCCUCAUAUCACCGCAUCGAAUUGAAAAACCAAGAAAAGAAUCAGAUGCAUACAUGGCGAGAUCGUCCUGCUGCUUCGCAAAGGGCAGAUGCCAAGGGUGUUGCGCGAAAGGUGACUCGAAAACCUAGUCUUUCAGGACCGUCAAGCCCACCACGGCAGAAUGCCUUUUUCGACCUGGAAGAUUCUGAGGAUGACGAUAGUGCUGGUGUUCAAAACGCCCAUGAAAACCGCAGCAGUCCACCAAAUCAAGAUGAAUCUCAGAGAAUGGCUGAUCUGGGACUCGCAGACUCGUUCCGUCAAGAUGGCGAUGAUAUCCCCGAGGACAAUCGCAUCGACUACAUGUUUGCACCCGUCUCCCGCGGGCCCACUGGUCCUCGCAAGAAAGGAAGUUUGAAGCGACAGAAGUCAAAGGAGAUCGCAAAUCUGGACGAAAGACAACGGAAAAAAGCGCGCCUAAAGCGGCAAACCAGGCUCACCGAUGCUUCGUAUGGAGGACGCAGAGCGAAACAAUCUUCAUCUUCAAAGGUAUCUGUACCGAGGCUAGGCAUUUUGGAUGCCCCAGAUGUUGCUACACGGCCUCCUAAGGAGCAGCCUCAGUUCCUCAGGGUUGCUGCAAGAAGAGUUCGCUCCCGUCGAGAUGGAGGGAGACGAAGCCCGACUCGAAAAUUCCUCAAAUUGGGCUCAAAGGAUGACACGACAGACGCUAACGAGUCUCUGCGAGAAUGGCGGAGAGGAGCAAUACGGCAGAGCAAAAUCAGUCUACCUCAGCCUCGACCUCGCAAACGUCAGCCACUGGUGGAUCUUUCGUCCAGUGGCCCACGCGCCAUAACAAAUGUCCAAAACACUCGAAUACCAAGCCACUUUGCUGCCACAGAUCCCGACACAGUGCUACCGGAUGAUGCGCCAGAGCCACCGGAGCAAGCUCCACGCGCGGAUGGUCCAGUACCCGACGUAGCAUCCAACGAAAACAAGGGCCCUGGCCAACCGGCUCAGCCGGAGAAGCGAGGCAUUCAAUGGGUUGCUCGCAGAAAUGUUGCGAUCUCAUCUCUAAAGAGAAAUAAUGCCCGACCCGCUGCGAUCAGUCUAGCAGGGCCUGCCGUAAGUCGGCAGGUCUCUCCGGCCGAGUUCCGCCAGUCACUGUCUUUGCUCAAUCGUGACUUCCGAAGCAGACGCACGUCCCGGACAUACAGGCCUAGCUUGACCCUGGAUCGGUAUUUGUCUGAUAGUGGAUCUGCAAGUGCUGCAACCAAAACCACCCCGAAACCUGUUCCAGUCAGGAACACAGUUUCCCAGUCCCAGCCGCGCCCUGUCCGCCGUCGUGGAAGAAAGCAGACUCCCAGGCACAUCAAUCUUGACUCGGGCGAGUUUCACCAAAACCAAGAUCCCAUAACAGUGGAUUCUGAUGACUCUAACCCUCCUACUGUGCCCCACAAGGCGCACGCGCGCUCUUCUGCUUCAAGUAUAGGUGGAUUGUUCAACUGGAAGCGCUCUUAUCUAAUUGACUUCGGAAUCACGCCUUUGCGUGACGGCACAUUCUUCCAUGAGUCUACCUUCAUAGGGAGCGGGGAGUUCUCUCGCUCAUUGGAAGUUUUAAAACGGGACUUGGACCGGGAUGCCGGGUCUAUAUCCAUCGAAGCUGGUGAGCGGUCAUUUCAAUGGGGUGUCUGGAAUGAUACAGUGUCUUCAGAAUUGGGCCAUGCCUUUGACGUCAUCAUCGAGAAUGUUGAGCAAAGUGCUGUAACCUCACCAGAAAUGGGCCCUGGACCAUCUUUAACGUCAGCGUCCAUCGUUUACCGGUCACUGAUCAAGUAUGUCACGAAAGCUUUGCAAUUCAUUGAUCCUGUGGAUCGGACGGGCUUUGUCUCCCGAGCAAUUGGCCUUGUUUGCAAGCUCAAAGAUCCCCUGGUUGCCUUCGUCACCGGCAGCGAGUACAACACAAAGGGUCUUGUGAAGAUUGCAGCCUAUAAUUUGGUGUUUGCGAACCAGAUCCAUCAAGUGGCUUCCCACAGCCUCGUGAGCCCAGUUCUUGCUGGAGAAGCCCUGGAUCUCACCAAGACCUCCGCCAAGGACGUUGCUGCGUUUAUCUCUCGCGAAGCAUGUUUGGCCGAAAUUCGGCGGCUGAUCGAAGACAACAAGAAAGCGGAGUGGCGCGAAAUGGGUCUUCGUGAAGACUAUCCAUCAGCGGAAGCUUAUGUUAUCACCAAGCAGCUGUUGCACGGCUCUGAGCAUUUCAAAGGUUAUUUUGAAGAGCUCCAGUUUGAGGCCUGCGCCAGUGGCAUAACCUCUGAUCAGAAGAAUGUCAGCGAUUUGGAACUUGGAUGGCAGGGACUUUUUACUUUCUUGCCUCUCAAUGAAAUCAAUCCCCUUGGGAUUGCGCGCAGUGGAUCUCGAUUUCAAGACGGCCAUGAAAACUGGAAUCUCAUCAAACAGUUCUUGUCUCCUGUCCUGGAUUACUUUGAAACCAACUCUGCGACUCAGCCCAUCUCGUACAAUACCUACUGUCGAGCUCUCUUCCACCGAUGCCAUCGUAUCAUCAAUGCCUGGGGCUGGCGGGACUGCAAGCCUAUUCUCGACACGCUUUACGACUUCUUUGCCAAGAACACGGUGUACAACUUGAGACUUGAAGAAAGUCGCGGAUCUCCUUCCUUCCUUGACGAGCUGGAUGGCAAUCCCUCCUUGGAUGCCCAACCUGGAGAACCAUGCUUCCACACAUUGCUCAAGAUCAUCGCCAGUGGUCUGCGCUUCCUAGCCCAGCAAUACAAUGAGAGGAAGAUCCGCAAUUUCGCUUGGCGCCUGUUGCCAAACCACGGCAAAAUGUACCCGAAGGAGAAGCCCCUGCGGCAUGAAGACCUCGAUGCAUUAAGAAACCACCAUGACCUCCUUUGCACCCUGUACUGGGCUGUCCCUGACGGAUGCCGUCCCCGUGUGGAAGCAAUUCGCGAUCUAGUUCAUCCCGCCAUCUCGCAUCGCGAAACAUGCAGCAUAAGCCUUCGCUCUUGGAUGAGGCUGGUUCGAUUCAAGCUUUCCACAAACGAGGACAUAUCGGGAUUGGAUCCGUUCGCAGACUGGUACGGCUACUUUGUGAUGGAACUGCGGCAGCAACAUUCGUAUGCUCGGAAGGAGAUCGAGGCGCAGAGCAAGAAUGACAGUCGAAUCUCUCAGCAGCUCAUUGAGAGCACGAUCUCACAAAAUCAGCGCCCGUUCGAAUCAUUGCUCAGCGCGGCACUCGAUGGGAUGCAGGCGGCUGUCAAACAAGCGCCAUCGUUGGAGCAUGCUCACAGACUAGUUUCAAAGACUCCUUUCGACUCCAUAAUAGGCUUGUUCAACCCCAAGCUUGCGCGGGUGAACGUGGUUGUGUCCAAGGGUUUGCAAGUAAUGUUGGCUUAUGCACAUAAAGACGCUAGCGCUGAACCUGCUUCUGCUGCGCCUGCGUUCGCAGCCGUCGAUGAGGAUAGCCAGGAAUUCGGGGAUUGGUCUGCCAUUGAAGCUGUUUUGGGCCAGCAAGAAUCUCCAAGCGAGGAGAUCGAGUAUGUGAAGAAAGUUUUCCAUCCGAUCGUUUCUCGCCUUGUGUCAAACUGUUUCGGUGAAGACCACUGUCCCGAAGAUGCAAUUCUCCUGAACGUCGUGGACUGCUGGACAUCUAUUGCCCAAGUACUGGUUCGACAUGGGCUUCGACACUGGGACAACUACCUUAGCGAGCAUGGUGACGAGUCCUGGGAACGACUCCGGAAGACGAUUCAGACCAGAAAGUUUGCACCCCAGUUCUUAGUCGCAUGCAUCGAGAAAGACACGCAGACUUUGUCCGAUUGCCGAAUCCAAGUAAUGCGCAUGUGGAUGUCGUCGUUGGUUGAGCGCUCUUCAAUGCUGAAAUUCCAACAUCGUUUGACGGCCGUGCUCCUUAAUAAAGCUUCCUCCGAUCCUUUGCUCGUGAAUAUUCCAUUCUCCAAGGACAAAGCGGACCAUCAGUACUCGAUCUCGUUGGAAGAACUCAGCGCAAGGCGACUGUCUCUUCUAUCAAGUCUGCUGUCAAACAUGCGCGAACAUCUCCAGCACCUCGAACUUGCUGGCAGCCGGGACUUCUCAGUCACGAAACAAGAAUACUCUGAGCUGCUCCAGCUCCUGAUGGCAGCCAUGAAAAGCAACUAUCGCGAACUAGGAAACGGGGCCACCGAGUCCGCCCAAGGAGCAUAUGUCGACUUUGUGCAUCGCGUAAUCGGGUUCCUGCAGCAACACACGAGCGACAUCCGGCCUAUUGACCCCUUCUUCACCGAUCCGGCGUCGUUCCCCUUGCCGUCCAGCGACCCGCGCUACAUCGUCGCCAAGCUCAAACGCUACGAGCCGAAGCUCACGUCCAGCAAAGAGGUCCAGACCCUCACCAUCUUCAUCCAGAGCAUCUCGGAGCGCGCCGCUAUUGACGGCCAACAGGGUUAUUUGGUGGACCAGCUGCACACGUCGAUGAAAGACACCUACGAAGCCGGAGACCCCGAGAGGCCGACGUUGCGCGCCACCCUCCUGCAGUGCGUCUUCCCGGCCUACCUCGAAUCUACAUUCCGCAACCGCGCCGCCUGGAUCCUCGGCCGCCCCGUCAUCCAGACAAUCGCACUUGAAUUCAAGGACCUGAUGCUCAACCUGAACACUACGGACCCGGCCUGUGUCUCUUCACUCGUGAGGAUCUUCGGUGCCGUCUUCGAAUCCUCGUUCCGUGCCCUGCAUCCCCUCUCCACUCGUCCAAACCGACUGAAUGACCCCACAGUUUUGUCCAUGCUCGCUGCUUUCCUGGAUAUGGCUUCGUCCGCUCUAGUCGUGAUCGACUACAUCAACCGCAUCGCCGGCGCCGAGUGUCUCAUCGCUCAAGUCCAGUGGCUCCACCAGUUCACCGUUGCCAUUUCCGACCACUUACCCAGCCACAAUGUACCCACUACCGCGCAUCCAGUCACCGCUAUGAUCCAGCUUGCAGAGCCGCCGACAAGUACCGCGCCUUCGACUCAUGCCCCAUUCAUUAUCCAGGCCCGCUGCCUCGCCCUGGAAGAUCUCCAGUCUUAUCUCAGGAGAUGGUCUUUCCAUGAAGGUCGGUACUAUUUUACUCGGCCGGGCCAUGAGUCGCAGGAGAUCAGCGUUGAGCCAGAGAUAGCAUCGGUCAUAGACAGUAGAGCGAAGGCGCUCUGUGCAUUCAAGGAAGCUGCUAGUCGAUUUACAGAGCGGACGACGAAGCUACAGUUGGUUCCGCUGUGA